AUGGUUAUUUCCAAAGCAGACUCGAGAGUGCAGCUUGUUAGUGACUUGAUACUGCCAGAAACCAAAAGGUGGAAUGCUCAUCUGGUUAAUGAAAUUUUUGCCCAAGCAGAAGCAUGCGCUGUAAGAGCAAUUCCCCUUAGUUGGAGGCGCACAACAGAUUUCUUUUACUGGUCCGGAAGAAGAUAUGGAUACUUCUCAGUGAGAUCUGCAUAUUACCAAAUUCAACAAGCUCGGUUGAGUAAAAAUCCAAGCAGCCCCAGCCAGAACUUUCCAUGGAAGAAAAUUUGGACCACACCUACGCCAAAUAAGAUCAAGCACUUCAUGUAUAGAGCUGUCAAUAACAUCCUCCCAUGCAGAGACAGUCUUAUGAAACGUGGAAUCCAAACGGGGGAAGAGUGUGCUUUGUGUGGAGAGCACAAGAAUGAAUCGCUAACUCACCUCUUCCUAAGCUGCUCAUGGACGCGCGUUGCCUGGUUCUCCCACCCCAUGGGGCUACGUUCAGAUACGAUUGAGGAAGGAUUUGCUGAUUCUUACAAACCAGAUGAGAUGGCGAAAAUCACACAAGCCUUGUGGGCCAUUUGGAAGGCACGGAACGAGAAUCUGUUCAAUGGCAAGCUCCAGGAUCCAGCUGCAGCAAUUCACAAGGCUUUGACACUCUUGAUGGAAUGGUUGGCAGCACAAGAGAAGACGCCCCAGAACAGUGGCACUAGCAGUAAUGUAACUUGGAAACCACCACCAGAAAACUCACUAAAGGUGAAUAUAGAUGCAGGGUGGACAGGAACCGAUGCUACAGGAUUUGGAUUAGUGGUGCGUGAUCAUAAUGCCAGGAUGAUGUUUGCUUCUACACAUAUGGAACCUGCUCGCUUUGAUCCAGCUAUGGCAGAGGCGUUAGCAUUGAGAUGGAGCUUGAGCGUGAUAGAGGAACUGGGCAUGGAUGAUGUGGUAAUUGAGACAGACUCCAUGAUAGUCUACAAAGCUAUGAGGGAGGCUCAUUGCAAGAAUUAUAUUGAGCCAAUUAUACUAGACUGCAAGUUAUUAGCCUCAAUAUUUCCAAAGUUUUCCCUUAGUCAUGUAAAAAGACAAGCUAAUAACUCAGCCCACUCCUUAGCUGCCUUAGCACAUGAAUACCCUUCUAUUGUAUGGUGGGAUAAUCCUCCUCGCUCAGUUGCAGAGGCUAUCUUUGUAGAUGCUCUUUCUUAUGAUUAA